UUUUCAAAGAUCACGUGACAGCCUCAUUUCGAGCAACACUGUUUCAGAACAUUAGUGUGUCGACAGUAGGCGUAGAUUUACUCAUCCCUACAUGUGAUUCCCAGGAAUACACUGACAUUCUGACAAGAAUCAUGACACGUGUUCCUCUAGCUGUGGUUGAGGAGAUUCUUCUGAACCUGCCGGCUCAUCAGGUGGUCCAAGUUUGUCGGCUGGUGUGUCGUGAGUGGAAGGAGCUGGUGGACAGUAAUGCACACUGGAGAGAGCGCUGUCGGAGAAAGGGAUUUCAGCCAUGUGAUGCUUCCAGUCCACCACUUGAGUGGCGCCGGUUUUAUUUCUCUAAGUAUUGUAACUUGCUCAAGAAUCCCAAAGCUGAAGAUGAAUUUCAAGGAUGGAACAUUGUACAGAAUGGAGGUGACCGCUGGAGAAUAGAGGGAAUUUGGAGAGAGCUUCCAGAUAAGACAGUCAAAAAAUGUUUUGUAACAUCUUAUGAGUUAUGUUUGAAGCAACAGCUGAUUGAUUUGAAGCAAGAAGGCUACAGUGAUGCUUUCAUGGAUCAAGUGCAACCUCCUAUCAAAAUAUCAGACUGGUAUGCAUCCCGCUUUGAUUGUGGGUGUGAGUAUAAAGUAGAGUUGCUUGAUCAGAGAAGAGAACCCAUCUGUAUUUUUCAGCCAGAGGAAAUUGUUUUUCAACAGUGGAAUGAUGAGCCGUGGCGUGAAAUGACACGUCUUUAA